AUGCCCACUGGGCAGGGUGAGAGCAGUACGGUGCAAGAACUCAUGGAGACCGAUGGCAGUGAGAGAGUUCGACUGCUGAAGAACAUGGGGCACGCGGGCCCAAGAAAGAUUGCUCGUAUUGGCCCAUAUACCCCAGCAACUGAGCCAAUGAACAAGCCACAAAGAGUUUCAUCAUUGCAUCGAGCGAUUGCAGCAGUGAUGCCUGCCUCUCAAUGGGUUGCUUCGGUUGUUGGUGUGAAUAAAGUUGUCGGUAGAGACGGCACCAAGAUUGAUGUCGAAGUGAAUGCUCAAGAAGGAGAUAUGGGGCGGGAGUUGCGAUUGGCAGAACCACUGUUGUGCGAGAAUGACUUGAUCCUGAAGCGGGAUCAAAAAUCGGGAGUGCGACUUGCCGCCUCCUGCGCGAUGCUCCAGAGAGCGCGGAGGAUGGCUGGGUCCGCGUCGAGUCUCUCCCGGCACCAAGGGCGCGAGGCCACAGGAAUCUGGAGGGCUCUGGGGCAUGGCUGGUGCUGCCUGGCCUGGAGUUGGGAAGCUGGCACCAUCAAGGAACUGAUCCUGGCUCUCUCGCCCGAACAAGAGAACGGGACGGGCACAGGCUCAUCUCCUUCCGAGGUGGAGGCGGACAAUGUAACCCGAAAGACUCGGAGUUCAACAUUCGAAGCCGAUGUGUUUGUGCAGGGCUCGGCCACGUACGUGGAGAGACCUCAUUUGCCGGUCUGUUGA